CACCAAUACCUUUAGGCGCGCGCGCCACGCGCCCCCCACGGCCGCAGCUGCGGAAAUUCAUGCAGCUCUUUCAACAGCUGGGCGAGGCCUUGGCGCGACUGACCAGUGGUCAAUGCGCCUGGAAUGACUUGACCAAAGCGGAACUCAGGAAUUUGGAGCUGGAGGAGCCAAAGUCAGCCAUCGAAGGACUCGAAGGUCUUGCUUUGGAGUAUUCGUGGCAAGAGCUCCAACAGGCAACUGAGAGCUUUGCUCCAUCGCGGCAGUUGGGUGCUGGGGCAAGUGGUACUGUCUACUAUGCCACCUUGUGUGAGGGCACGGAGGCCGCUAUCAAGGUCUUGGACGCUCCAGCGCGGGGAGGCUUUGACGAGGAGGUGCGACUCUUGUCGCGCUGCCGACAUCCCAACGUCGUUAUGCUUUUGGGGUUUGCUGAAGAGACGCAAUUUCCCUUUGCUCCCUUGCAUCGGCGUUGCGCGUUGGUCUACGAGAUGCUGCACGGGGGCGAUCUGUACCGAAGGCUGCAAAGGGACGAUAAGCCCUACCUUUGGCACGAUCGUCUUCGAACUGCCACAGAGGUCUGCCGAGGCCUUGCCCACUUGCACAAGCAUCGGCCGAAGAUCUUUCAUCGCGACAUCAAGAGCCAGAACAUCCUCUUCAGCACUGAUGGAACGGCCAAGAUUGCAGACUUCGGCCUGGCCUGUAUGGCUUCCCACCAUCAUGAACAUGAGCUGGCGACUGUGCAAGUGGCCGGCACCUUGGGAUACUCCGAUCCACUCUACACGAGGACAGGCGUGAUUUCCGAAUCCAGCGAAUGCUAUUCCUUUGGCCAGGUGCUGAUCGAGCUGCUGGUGGGUCGCCCACCCGCUGUGUUGGCCCAGGAUGGCCACAGCUGCGUCUUCUUGAGCGACGAGCUGCGGCCGAAGGAGGACAAGGCCAAGGGCCGCGUGCUGAGACGGCUCGAUGGACGCGCCCAGUGGCCCCUGCAGACUGCUGCCAGCAUGGCCACUUUGGCGCUGCUUUGUAUCCAUGACGACGCCGAUCGCCGCCCGUCCUUCUUAGAGGCCACGGACAUGCUGCGGGAUCUCACGGCGACCACGCGGCUGGACAGCGCCGUGUCGCAGGAAUGUGCUGAUUCGGAGAGAAGUCGCCAGUCAGACUCCAGCCAUGUGCCCGAAGACAAGUCCAAAACUGUUGUAGUUGAUGAUGAGGAGCGGGAUUCUGGAGCCUGUUCCCCGGUCCCUUUGAUGCAGCCCAAACUGCUGGAGCUUCGAUCUGCCGAUGUCUUGCAGAGGCUGCUGCGACAGGCACAGCAUCCCCACUUUCCAAAGCAUUUGCAAGUCCAGUCACCCAACAUGCCAUCGCCAAAAGUGCGAUUUCCACACCUCCAAGCGCCGUCAAUGCACACCACAGACACACACUCACCGGAUGUUGGACCUCGACCAGGGAUGUCUCCACACUCUCCGGAGGCAAGACAACCAGCACAAGGCUCGUCUGCGCCGCAUCAGGGCUUGCAACAUCCACCCUUGCAUCAGCGACUGCAGCUCUGGAACCAGCCGACAGGACCCGAGCUCGCUCAGCCACUGCACUUUUCAGUGGACACAAGGCCAAAGAUACAGCCACAAGCCUGGCCCCGAGCACACCUCUUGCAUGCAAAGUCCAUGCCGGACGCCUCACAGGCGGAGGUCGUGAAGGAUCUCAUGGAGCAAUUGCAGCAGUGGCCAGGCUCAACUGUUGUGCCACAGCUGCACUUGAGGCUUCCACGCCAGUUGCGGAGAUGCCAUGUCAAGGCGUAGAUCCCAGAACUUCAGAAGCCAGGAGAAUACCUUCAAUUUGAGGGAAGCCGUGCUUGCUUGCUCGCUUGUGCUUGCUCACUUGCUUGGCUGACACAGUCUUUUUUCCCGGCCAGAAUGGCACGAAGACAUGUGCGAAAAGUUAUGCUGGAGAUCACUGACAGUGCACUUCAGUCAGGUUCAUACUGUAGCUCUUUGAAGGCAGACAUGCCCGGAAUUCACCAACAGCCACAGUGACAUUCAGCUGAAAAGUGUGUGCUCAGAUAGACUGGUACUCCAGUUUCAAAAAGCUU